AGCCAUAUUAAACUAAUGAAAAGAGGCAAGUCAGAGGUGUUUGCCAAUCGUUUAAACAAGUUCGGACCUAUCUGUCAGAGUCGAAAUACCGGUACUCCUAUUGAACUUUGGCCCUAGUCUGGCUUCCUAACGUGUGUCAUGCUUUAGAAGAGACAAUAUUUGAAGAAAAAUAUUUAAAAAAAAUCGUUUAAUUUUGAUACAGAGAAUUCACAGUUACUAUUAUCCCUCAGAUUUCGAUUGAUGGUUGUAAGAGUAACAUUUACUAUACUCAACUUUAAAAAAAAAUCUUAGCAAAUGCAUCCCAAACCAUUCAAUUUAACUAGUAAUUAUGAACUCGUAUCAAAGAUAAAUAGUUUCAUAGUAUACAAUCCCGCAUAUGAACUUCUAUAUUGAUGGAAAGCAUACAUGGACACUAAUCCCCUGCCCUGCGCCACCCUGGUGACAAUGAACCUGGAUCUGACUCGAGACACGAGGGGUAGACCCGACCAAGAUCCAAGUAUGGGUUGAAGUCGGACCCGUCUGGAUCCAGGUCCAAAUCUCACACCCGAUCACUAUUUGAAUUCUGGUCGGAGUCCUUUAUCUGGAUAUUUGAGUGAAUGUAAAACGACUCUCCCUCUCUCCAUUGACGAUCUUUUCUUUCCCGGUUGAUAUUGAAGUGAAGUGAAGUGAGAAGAAAACUCUCUCUCUCUCAAUUGAUAUGAUGAGGCUCCUCCCAAUAAGCAGGCCUCCAUCUCUCUGCGCCCUCACUAUUCGCUCCUCUACUUCUGCUUCUGCAACAACUAUUCACCAUAACCAUCUUCAUCUCUCUUCCUCCCCUUCUUCUUCUUCUUCUUCCCCUGUGCAAACCAUCUCAAUUGUCCACCAAAUACAACAACAAGAGAACCGGAACCUCCUCCUCCAUAUCCCACUGGAGAAGCUCUUUGUGCCCCCUGGCAUCGAGCUUUCAUUGGAGAACCCCAUUACCAGAAUUCUGAGGGGUUCAAACAUUGUAUUGAGUCCAUACGCGAAGGAGUCGCAGAUAAGUGAAGCAGUGUUUGUGAAGAGCAGUAAGGGCACUGAGGAUUGCCCCUCUGAUGGGUUUCCUGAGUUUGCUUUGGUCGGUCGCUCCAAUGUCGGCAAGUCCUCUCUCCUCAACUCUCUUGUUAGGAGGAGAAAGCUGGCUCUCACCUCCAAGAAACCAGGGAAGACACAAUCUAUAAACCAUUUUCUAAUAAACAAUAGUUGGUACCUGGUAGAUUUGCCUGGAUAUGGGUAUGCAACUGCACCUCAAACAGUUAGAACAGAUUGGGAUGACUUCACAAAGGACUAUUUCCUCAAUAGAAAGACAUUGGUUUCAGUUUUCCUCCUAAUUGAUGCUAGCAUCCCUGCCAAAAAGAUAGAUAUUGAAUAUGCAACUUGGCUCACCCAGCAACAGAUUCCAAUGACAUUGAUAUUCACCAAAUGUGAUAAGCGCAAAAAGCAGAAGAAUGGUGGAAAAAGAGCGGAAGAGAAUGUCGAGGAUUUCCAUGUAAUGAUGCACGAGUAUUUCCAAGAGGCUCCUCCGUGGAUCAUGACGAGCAGCGUCACCAACCAAGGACGGGAUGAGAUACUCCUGCACAUUGCUCAGCUUAGAAACUACUGGCUCAAGCACUAGUAGUUUUCCUUGCAUAUUUUACAUUCCUCACUCAAGCCUUUGUAUCUUUCCAUUUCUUUAGAUGCGUACAGUUAUGUCUUUGUGAAAUCAGUCUUUCCUCCUCCUUCGCGA